ACAAUUAAAAAUAAGGCGAGCGUUAGCGGACCUUCAAACGUGCGUUUGGUUUAUUCGCUAAAAGGUCAAAUUAUGUUGAAAGACUUGGUGAAGGAGCGACUAAUGGCGGCAGCCGAUGAAAUAUUCGCGCUGUUUGAAAGAACGAUAGCGUCGUACGAGGUGGAACUAUCUCGGUCGAGAGAGGAGAAGGAGCGACAUCGACGACAACUGGAAGCUUCUAGCAAGACUCAAACUGUUGAAAACAUGCAGCAGCUCAUGGUUUGUCAAGAAGAACGUCCCUAUCAGGCGCAGGAUAGGAGCUCCACUAUGAGGCAGGAGGAUCCACAGCCCCUUGACAUUAAAGAGGAAGGGGAGGAAUUGGUGAUCACUCACGACUCGGAGUGUCUUCUCAAACCGGAGGAGGCCGAUCUCACAGAGUUUCCACUGACUGUUGUCUCCGCGAAGACUGAAAGCCAUGAUGACAAAGCACCCGAGUCCUCUCAGCUUCAUCACAGGCCAAGUGAGAAGAACAGAGGCACAGAGCCUCCGAGCAGCAGCUCAUUACAACAUGUGACAACAGAAGCCGAUGGAGACCACUGUGGAGGAUCACAACCAGACAGCCUCCUAGCUCCACUAUCAGAUAGUGAGGCUGAAGACAUGGAAAAUACCAAAGGACUUUUGAGCGGCGAUAUAGACUGUAAAGGUGAUAUGAGGACUCAAACUAACAACAAACACGCUAAAAAGAAGACCGAUAAAAAACGUUCGACUUGCUCCGUUUGUGCCAAAAGCUUUACUUUUCAGAGGGAUUUGUCUCGACACAUGAGAACACACACGGGAGAAAAACCUUUUAGUUGCUUAGUUUGUGGUGAACAUUUCUCUCAAAAGGGAAAUAUGGUGAAACACAUGAGAACACACGAGAGAACACACGCCGUAGAUAAACCUUUUAGUUGCUCAGUUUGUGGCCAUUUAUUUUCUCAGAGUUGUACUUUGAAGACACACAUGAGAACACACACAGGGGAAAAACCUUUUAAAUGUUCCGUUUGCGGAGAAGGUUUCUCUCAAAAGUCCAAUAUGGCCAAACACAUGCGAACACACACCGGCGAAAAACCUUUCUGUUGCUCGGUUUGUGGCCGUAUAUUUUCUCAGAGGUGCACUUUGACAAGACACAUGAGAACACACACUGGAGAAAAACCUUUUAGUUGUAUGGUUUGUGGUAAAAGGUUCUCUCAAAAGGAAACCAUGCUGUCACACAUGAGAACACACACCGGAGACAAACCCUUUGGUUGUUCAUUUUGUAGUAAAACCUUCACUUUUAAGUCAAAUAUGGCAAAACACAUGAGAAUACACACAGGCGAAAAACCUUUUUGUUGCUCAGUUUGCAAUAACAGAUUCAUUUACAAAGCAAGUAUGGUCGCACACAUGAGAACACACACAGGUGCAAAAACAUAUUCUUGUUCGCUUUGUGCUAAAACAUUUACUCGGCACGGCAAUUUGAUGGCACACAUGCGCACACACAAAGAAUAAACAGUAAGAAAAUGUGAAACAGCCUUGCCAGGCUUAUGAUAAUUUUGAUAACUCUGAUAAUUUCACCCUAUGUGUAGAAUAUAUCCUAACUAGAAAAGUAUUCGGAGAGCGCAGACCUUCUCCAGGCACUACCGCUAGUAAUUGUCCUGGGAGCAAGAAGCCACCGCUCUCUGGACGAGCUGUGAUGGACAUCUGCACCCGAAGCUAUCUAAGGGCAUAUUUCCUUAAUAGAAUAAUCCCCUAAAAGACUCUGUGACCAAAUACAAAUGCAUGCCAGUUCACAAUCAUAUAAGAAAAAUGUACAUGGUAUAAUUUACCACAGUUUGUAACGCACAACACUGUGAUAAGACACGAAUCUGUACCGACUGAAAAACAUGAACUACCAUAUUACAGUAUUUGUCAUGUAUUUUCCCACAUAUCAUGUUUUAUUUGUACACAAUUGAGCUAGCCAGACAGCGUAUGUACUGUAGUUGUACUAACAAGCAUGACAUGCUGGUCAUGGUCGAUAUAUGUAUCGACUGUAUGUGGGCUCUGUACCGCGGAUGUUGU